CCCCCCGCCAUGAAGCACUGCUUCUACAACGAGUCCGUCGGCUUCUUCUACAACAACAGCCGCAAGGAGCUGAGCGCGCACUGGCGGCCGCGCGACGUGCUGCUGGUGGCGCUGGGGCUGGCGCUCAGCGCCCUGGUGCUGCUCGCCAACCUGCUGGUCAUCGCCGCCGUGGCCGCCAACCGCCGCUUCCACCACCCCAUCUACUACCUGCUGGCCAACCUGGCGGCCGCCGACCUCUUCGCCGGCGUGGCCUACAUGUUCCUCAUGUUCCACACGGGGCCGCGCACGGCGCAGCUGUCGCUCGGCACGUGGUUCGUCCGCCAGAGCCUGCUGGACACCAGCCUGACGGCCUCGGUGGUCAACCUGCUGGCCAUCGCGGUGGAGCGGCACCGCACGGUGCUGGCCAUGCAGCUGCACAGCGAGAUGUCGGCGCAGCGCGUGGUGGGGCUCAUCUUCUCCAUCUGGGCGGCGGCGCUGCUGCUGGGGCUGAUCCCGUCCUACGGCUGGCACUGCCUGUGCUCGCUGGAGAGCUGCUCCAGGAUGGCGCCGCUCUACAGCCGCAGCUACCUGACCUUCUGGGCCGUCUCCAACCUGCUGGUCUUCCUGGUCAUGGUGCUGGUCUACGGGCACAUCUUCGUCUACGUGCGCAGGAGGAUGGCGCGCAUGGCGCGGCACACGGGCGCGCACCCGCGGCACCGCGACACCGUGCUGGCGCUGGUCAAGACCGUCACCAUCGUCCUGGGUGGGUGGUGUGUUAGGGGUUAA